AUGCCGAUGCGCGAGCGUCGCGACCCCGCCCCGCUGACCAAAAGCAAUGCAGGCACCACAGCAUCACUCUCCAUAGAAACGAAGAAGCCUUUGGUGUCGAGCGGCAGUGUGGGGAGUCCCGGCGGAGUUGCACUGCGUGAUGUGGAUGCGCGCCACACUGGGCGGGCCAUCCAGCGUACAAUCGUGGGGCCGUCCUCUUCCAAGAAGCCAAAGCCGCUGGCGACGGGCCAUCCACACCCUUUGCCGAUGCCUCCCCGAGCUCAUGCAGCCCCAACUGUGCUCCCGGAAGGGAGCUUAGCAGCGGCAGCAGCACUAGCAACAACUGCAGCCACAACAGUGGCGCGUACGAAAACGACAGUUGUGACGCGCACCUCCACGAACAAGGCCAAGCCCGUGUCACCGCCCCCGUCGGAGCCGUCAGCCUUGGACGACGCCCCUGUGGAGGCAAGCCUAGAGUAUCUGACGCGGCCGCACCGCUCAUGGGACAGCGCCGUUCGCGUCCGGGAGAUGUGGCGGCGGCGCACGCAAGAGCACUACCGCGCGGCUGCGAGCCGCAGCACCUCGACGUCCCUUGCGAGCUCCAUGCGGUCAUCCACGGCGUUCUCGGCCAGCAGUUCCAGUGUCUCCGGCUUUACUGUCCGUAGCGCACCGCCGACGGUCGGGCGGCUGCGCGCUCCGUCAUCGGGCGGCGGCGGUGGUACGCUUCGACGCGCUCGCUUCGGUGCGCUUCCGAGUCGUCCACCGGAGUCGGAGGGGCUCGCUGUGGGUGGCAGUCGACUGCCGCUGCCGUUGGCGCCGCCGUCUCGACUGAAGCCGCUGCCGCUGAGCCGCGCGUCAGUGUCGCCAGCAACAGACAGUUCGGGGCUCACACAAUCCGAUGGGCGCGGGGUGAGCGCAUCGUCGUUUGGUGAACCGCGUGUGUUUGCCUUUUCAAUGCAGUAG